GCAGCAAUCGACACUUCCUCACACCACGUCGAUCUGAUCCCGACACACAGAACAACUGGGCCGCGUGCGCGAGACCGUUGGCCUUCUUGCUCCCUACCACCAUCUCACGCCGACGUCCGACUUUCCCAGCGUCCUCUGCCGGGCCCUCCGUACUUGGAUUUCUUCUGGAACUAGUUGGAACUUCGCAUUCAGGCUGUAACCUCGGGCAGGAGAAUUUCUGCAACUUCUGUCAUCUUCCGACACUGCACACGACCCUUUGCCUAGUACAGUACUACUUGCUAUACUCUCUGCCCCCAUGGGAGACCCUGUCGACGUCUUGGAUCGGCACUACCUAGCCAUCACUCUCCUCGUUACAGUUGGCUAUCAGCUGCUUGGAUUUGCGAUAGCUUGGACGUUCCAGUUUGACAAAAUCACGGACUUCACCGGAGGAUCAAACUUCUUCAUACUAGCCCUCCUUACUCUCCUAUUGGGUCAGGAGUUCAGUGCGAGGAACAUCAUCACUAGCGUGUUUGUCAUGGUAUGGGCUUCUCGUCUAGCAGGCUUCCUGUUAUUCCGUGUCUUGAAGACAGGCAGCGACACACGAUUCGAUGACAUUCGGUCCCACUUCUUCAAGUUCCUCGGGUUCUGGAUUGGCCAGAUACUAUGGGUUUGGGUGGUUUCCCUUCCGCUGACCGUCCUUAACUCGCCUGCGGUAACGAAUCGCGGUCAGCCCGCGUUUGGUACCGCCAGCGAUAUCCUCGGCAUCAUCAUCUGGGUCAUUGGCUGGCUCAUCGAGUCCAUUGCCGACAUUCAGAAGUUCCAGUACAAGUCAUCGGGUGCUCCCAAGGAUAGACCCAUCGACGUCGGUCUAUGGGGAUGGUCUCGCCAUCCGCCCUACUUCGGCGAAAUUCUCUGCUGGUGGGGCAUCUGGACGCUCUCAAUCGCCCCGAGCCUGCACGGCGCUGGGAGCGCUUCCACGCGCUCCGCGCAGCUCGGCACGCUCGUGUCCCCGCUAUUUACCAUGAUCUUGCUUCUCUUCGGGUCGGGCGUGCCCACGGCCGAGAAGCCCGCCGCGCAGAAGUUCCACAAGAUGUCGUACCCCGACGGCGCAUCGCAGGAUCCGGCCCCGGAGAACGCGGCGUGGGCGAACUACCAGGCGUACCGCGCGCAGACGUCGAUCCUGCUGCCGCUCCCGCCGGUGGUGUACCGUGCGCUGCCGCAGUGGGUGAAGAGGACGGUGUUGUUGGAUUUGCCGAUGUAUGAAUGGACGCCGUGAGAGGGGUGAAGUGGUGUUUUGUCUGUGAGAGUCGUAUCGGCGGGGCGUGAUGGCUCAUGGAACAUCUAUCGAGCGUGCCGUUGUUAUAGAGCAUUAGCUCAUACCUCAAUGUAGUUCUGUGAGCUGAUUCGGUGCGUACC